UGGAGCUAAAACCCCUCCCUGCUCACUGGCGAGGGGGUGUCCGCAGAGCUGCUUUCCUGCCCUUUCUAACUGUCAUUCCUCCUCCUCUCCCAGUCAGUUCUUCCUCCCCUUUUUUCUGUUUCCCUUCUCCUCUUUCCCCUCCAGGCCCCUCCCUUCUCUUCACCCCCCCCCCCCCCCCCCGCACUGAGCAGGGCAGAGGCCAGCAGCAGGCACCUCCCAGCAGCGGCAGCAGAACGCACAGAGCUGGGGAAGGAGACAGACAGACUGAGAGCCCAGCAGCCAUGGAGACACCUGCUCCACCAGGGAGUGGGAAACGUGAGGGUGAGGGUCUGGAACCCCCGGCCCCAAUGACUUUAGCUGGUAGAGAGCUAGAUAAUGCUAUUUGUCACAUCUGUCGGGAUUAUUUGACAGACCCGGUGAUUAUACAGUGUGGGCACAACUUCUGCCGGGGCUGCAUCACCCAGCGCUGUGCGGGAGUGGAGACAGCCGCCUGUCCUCAGUGUGGAGAAACGUUCCAGAAAAGAGCCUUCAGGCCCAACAUAUUGCUGGGCAACAUAAUACAGUUAAUCAAACAAUGGGUCUUAAAGCCCGGACAAAGGGGAAGGGAAGGGAAUGUCUGUGAGGAACAUGGCAAAGAGCUCACAUGGUUCUGUAAGAAGGAUGGCAAAGCCCUUUGUGAGGAUUGCAAAGGAUCCCCGGCUCACCGCUCUCACACUGUGAUUCCCAUGGCAAAGGCUGUUCACGAGUCCAAGGGGGAGACAAGCACAUCAAGCAGGAGUGGAAAUGUGAAUGUUCAGGAACAGGAAGCCAUUUCUACUCAACUGCAGGAGCUCAGAGGUAAAUGAACGCCACUUUCAUAUUUAGCAGUGCCUACCCCAAGCGCUCACAACUCCUCAGUCAGGUCCAAAUACAUGAAAAGACUGGAUAAAAAAUAUCACAAGAUCUUGAACAAAAACAAUUGUACCACCUCGUUUUUGAACACUUAAGGACAAUCCAGCCACCCCACUCCCCACUUCCUGCCCCCACAGUCUGCGUGCGCUCUUUCAGGAUGCACAGCC